AUGGGAAUGAAAAUGCUUUAUUUGAUCAGCCUGCCAGAGAGAAGUGACAAGAGGCAGUCAGAUUAUGAAGAACCAAAAAGCCAGAUCAAAGAUGUUUGGACCCGAGCCCGUCUAGUGAUCCUCCACUGUGUUGUAGCAGAUGUGAACUCAACCAGAAGUCCUGAAACUGAAAACCUUCUCUGUGAAGAUCCUGGAAAAAACUGUGCAGCUACCACCACGCAGUCAAAGCGGAAAGGUCACUUCUCUCGAUGUCCCAAGCAAUACAAGCAUUACUGCAUCAAAGGGAGAUGCAGGUUCGUGGUGGCCGAGCAGACACCCUCCUGUGUCUGCGAGGAAGGCUACACGGGAGCAAGGUGUGAGAGAGUUGACUUAUUUUACCUACGGGGAGACAGAGGACAGAUUUUGGUCAUUUGUUUGAUAGCAGUUAUGGUAAUUUUUAUCAUCCUGGUGAUCGGUGUCUGCACGUGCUGUCAUCCUCUAAGGAAAAGUCGUAAAAGAAGGAAGAAGGAAGAAGAAAUGGAAACUCUGGGUAAAGAUAUAACUCCUAUCGAUGAAGAUAUUCAAGAGACUAAUAUUGCUUAAUGGUAAGUGUGAUAAGCUUGUUGUUGUUGCUGUUGUUUGGUGCCAUCGAGUUGGUUCUGACUCAUAGUGACCCUGUGUACAACAGAAUGACACACAGCCCGAUCCUGCACCUUCCUUGUGAUCGUUAUUAUGCUUGAGCCCAUUGUUGCAGCCUCUGUGUCAAUCUACCUCCUUGAGGGUCUUCCUCUUUUUCUCCUGACCCUCUAAUUUAUCAAGCAUGCUGUCCUUUUCCAGGGACUGGUCCCUCCUGAUAGCAUGUCCAAAGUACGUAAUAUGAAGUUUUGCCAUCCUCGCUUCUAAGGAGCAUUCUGGCUGUACUUCUUCCAAGACAGAUUUGUUCGUUCUUCUGGCAGUCCAUGGUGUAUUCAGUAUUCUUCGCCAACAUCAUAAUUUAAAGGUGUCAGUUCUUCUUCGGCCUUCCUUAUUCAUUGUCCAGUUUUCACAUGCAUGUGAGGCGAUUUAAAACACUAUGGUUUGGGUCUGCCGCACCUUAGCCCUCAAAGUGACAUCCUUGCUUUUUAACACUUUAAAGAGGCCUUUUGCAGCAAAUUUGCCUAAUGCAAAGUGUCAUUUGAUUUCUUGACUACUGCUUCUAUAGGUGUUGAUUGUGGA